AUGAAAGAUCUUGACAUUGAAAUAAAAACUCCAAGACUUUCUAAACACCAAAUUAAUCGCUCUAAUCACCAAUCUAAGAGUACCGAAGAAUAUUACAGGGUGUCUGCAUUUAUACCAUUAUUAGACAAUGUAUUAGAAGACUUAAAAUCAAGAUUUAAAAAAAAUAAAAAUAAAAACAAUAAUGAUAUUAAUUCAACUUAUCCCAAAACAUAUUAUUCAUAUUGA